AUGGUGGCUUCUUCUUUGGAGGUAGAUUCUCUGCUCAUCCAUCGUCCUCGAAAGCGUUUCCGUCCCUUGCAUGGUUUUGAAUCCCCUCCACAGGCGUUAUCCUCUAACUUUUCAGCCGCACAAAUGUAUAGAUCCAAUUUAUCUGGCGCCCAAUUUACUGGACAUGUGCUUCCGGCAUCACCACUCUCUGAUCGUCAGUUACACUCUGGAGCCUGGGUUAGACAUAGUUUGGCAUGUGAGGAAGCAAUUGACAAUAACACUUCCACUUUAGCUCGAACUGACGACUCGGCAGCCUUCACUUCUACUUGUUCUCCUGCCACUCAGCACGCUCAGUUUCAUCAUGCAGCAGUCGCCGCUGUUGACACAGAAAUGUGCGAUAUUCUUUCUUCAUCAGUAGAUGAUCGACUCAUCGAGUCGCGGCGACAGAAUUUGCCCUCUCAGUUUUCCACAGGAGGUGAUAGUAAUGCUGGUCUUUGUGUUGCCGACGAAAACACCCCCCUUCGAGCUGGCCAGUUCGCAGAAAUCUCACCGAUGCCAUUCUGCCCGAAACGCCGAUGCACGGUUAUCGGACGUACUCACGUUGAGCGCCGAUUAGUAUCAUUAAGCGCUAAUGCAUCACCGGCUCGUCUGCCGACAACUCCCAGGGCAACCUUCGCGUCGCUCACAUACAGCCAACCAGAGCCCGGCCACCUUGAAUCGCAUUACGAAUUAUUUUAG